GUUUGUUAUCAGGGAGUUCUUUGCGAGCCUUAGCGAGCAAGUAGAAUACAGAGGUUGCAUGAAGAGAAAAGAGAAAGAAAGAGAAACAAGAAAUCACAAGACAACGCCCCCCUUAUAUAUCCAUACCCUAUCCCAAUGCUGGCUCAUACCCUCGCAUAACAGAAACAGAAAGAACAUAAUAGAAACCCGCUUCACUAAAACCCAACCACACUACAUAAUCCUUCUCCCUUGUACCCAGACAACUCACAUAGCCAACCCGUCUAGCUGCCGUUACACUGACCCUUCUGAACGAACCAG